UCAUAGUUCUAACGCAAUAAAUUCAAUUCUCAUAAUUUUCUUCUUUCUACCCUUGAUUAUGAUCGCACCAAAUAUUAUAUAGUAGAAGUAGUAGUACUAUUUCAGUAGUUCAAAUAGAGUUUGAUUUUGGAAAUCAUAGCUGAAUUCGGAGCAUUAUGGCUUAAAGUUUUGGGGGUUUUAGAAAUUCUCUGAAAUUUUGAACAAACGAAGCCAAAAACAAGAUGAGCAAAUUGCCGCCUCAGGGGAUGAACACGCCGCCGACGAUGCCCCUCAAUCUCGUCUCCACCGAGCAGAUUCAGAAGUAUUUGGACGAGAACAAAAACUUGAUAAUGGCGAUACUGGAAUGCCAGAAAUUGGGAAAAGUUGCUGACUGUGCUCAGUAUCAGGCCAUGCUUCAGAAAAACUUGAUGUAUUUAGCAGCAAUUGCUGAUGCCCAGCCUCCAGGAUCUUCGACACCCUCACAAUUGCAGAUGGCAACUAGCUCGAUGGCACCACGAGGAGAUGCACAUAUGCAGCAGAGUCAGGCAUCAACGGUGCAGCAGCAGCAGCAGCAGCAGCAGCAACAGCAACAACAACAGCAACCCAAGUUGCCUUUCCAGCUGAAUGCACUCCGCCCUCAAGAUCAGCAUAAUCAAAUGCUGCAGUUUCAGCAACAACUACAGAUGCAACAAGGCCCCUUCAAUCUUGCAGGGGGUGCUAAUAAUGGUUUGCAUAUGCUUAUGCACCCCGGCCAUGGUCAUGCCAAUAUGAUGGACUUGAGAGGAAACCACUCUGGCACCUUGGAGGCAAGUUCCGGCAACGCCCAAGGUAACUCUGGGUUGGGAUGUGAUGGCAGAGAAUGAUGGUUGUAUCAUCUGAUUUUGAACCUGAGCUAGAACACUGAAGAGAAAUCCGUUCUUUACCAAUCAAAACGAUUCUAGUAGUGUUCUCUGGGAGUCUUGCAGCAUUGCGUUUUGUCAUGCAGAUAACAAGCAUGUUUUUUAUGUGGAAAUUGUUCCCAUUUCUAGAUGGAUGGCUUGCUUUUAUGCAUGUUACACAAGCUCAAAUUUGUCGGUGUACUAAGAAACUUGUUUUAAUUUGCAGAAACUUUUUACACGCAAUAUAGUACUAUGACUCAAUGUUGCGACUCAA